UAGCAGCAGGGUAACACUGCAUGAGGCGGUGCCCCCUGAAGGAGCCCAAAACACUGCUCUUCAAAUGGAACACAUCCAACCUUCAGGUGACCGUGCAGGAUGUACCACUCUGGAACAUCAAGCCUCUCCCCACCUGCCAGCACAUGAAAAUAUUUCUACUUUUGACCAUCGAAGAGAAUGGAAAACCAUUUUCCAGAUCAGCCCUCAUACAUCCUCCUGAUGGCCUAACAACUGUAUGACAUGUCGAUGCUGAGUUGAACAUUCCACCCUUUGUGCCUGCCCGGACUGUGCUGGAAGGCCUCGAGUCAGAGGAUGCGUGUGAAGAUAAGAAAGCUGUAAAAAAGGAGAUCCAUAGCAAAAAGGGAGCCAAAAAGGACAAAAUGGAAGAGGAGAAUACAGACCUGCUCAGACUUUGCCACACAGUACCGCUGGAGGUGGUGAACUUAGGUGGGAAAGGUUACGAUCCAGAGAAGAAAGACUACUCAGGUUUUGAGGCCUGGUUGCAGUGUUACUAUGUGGAUGGAAUGAAGUCUGUACGCGACCACAAUGGCAGGACUAUGUGGUUCAAAGGCGAUCCAGGUCCUAUGGCUCCUAAAGAAUCAAAGUCUCCAAAGGCCAAAAAGAGAAAAGAUACAGAUGCAGACCAUGAUUACCCCCGCAAGAAAAAGGUGUCCAGGAAACACAACUCUGACAGCACAGUGAAGAAAAAAGCAGCCAAAAAGCCCACAAAAGCAACAAAGGAAGAAGAAAAUGGACCUCAAGAAGAAGCCACACCCAGAAGAAGAUCAGCAAACACACCUCAGCAAGAACCGAAAUCCACGUCAGGCAGGAGGAAAAAGAACAAUACAGAGCCAGCUGCAGGUCUGAUUCUAAUAAUACUCCCAUUUUCUGAAAAUAUUAAGAGCCUGAUCUUUGAGGAUCCAAUUCCCACACACUUAUCUGUGUGCGCAAACUAUAAAAUUGCAUGUACUGUUGGUGGACGUGUUGUAUGUGAUCUACUUUGUGCAAUUGAUAGCAGCAAAAGUGGCACAGAUCACCCUAUUUUUGUGUACUAGAAGCAUUAUGUGCCCUUGGAAACACUUCUUUCCCUCUACAUUCAUGUUAUUAUGCUCUCCACACUGGAGGGGGGCUUAUAUUAGAUUAUAGCACAUAUCGAUCAUCUAACACCUUUUCUGCAAUAUAGAAUCACAGUAUGUAUACUAUUUGCAGCAGGAAUGAUCAAACUGCAUAUUGCAAGACAUUUUUUUUAGGAGUUAUACUAAAUACAAAAAAAAAAAACGCAACGCUUUUGUUCUUGUUCCCAAUUUAAAUGAACUCAAAGAUCGAAAACUUUGACUAUAAACACAAAAUACCUGUUCCUCUCAAAUAUUGUUCACAAAUCUGUAUACAUUUGUUAGUGAGCAUUUUUUCUUUGCCAAGAUAAUCCAUCCCACCUGACAGGUGUGCCUUGAGCUGUCCAAAAUAAAAGGCCACUGUGAAAUGUGCAGUUUUAUCACACAACACAAUGCUUCAGAUGUCGCACGUUUUGAGGGAGCGUGCAGUAGGCAUGCUGACUGCAGCAAUGUCCACCAGAGCUGUUGCCCGUCAAUUAAAUGUUUAUUUCUCCGCCAUAAGAAUAGAAUAAAAUAGAAAGUACUUUAUUGAUCCCUGGGGGAAAUUCAGCACCACAGUUCGCUCACAAUAAACAAUGAUAAUAAUAAAUAAUAUAAUAUAUAUGAAUAAUAUAAAUAUAUUCUACAUUUAAGUGCAGUCAAGGAACAUAUGCAUUAUACAGUCUGAUGGCUGUCGGUGUGAAGGACCUCCUGUGUCGUUCCGUGUUGCAUUUUGGGAGUCUGAGCCUUCCACUGAUGGUGCUCAUUCUCUCUGCAAGGUCCGAGUGUAGUGGGUGGGAGGUGUUGUCCAUAAUGGCUAGGAGUUUUGCUAGACUUCUCUCUGACACCACCGCCAGAGAGUCCAGCUCCACUCCCAUCUUGUUACUGGCCUUCUCUACCAACUUGUCCAGUCUGUAUGUGUCCCUCACUCUCAGCCCACUGCCCCAGCAGGCCACGGCGUACAAGAGGGCGCCUGCCACCAGCGACUCGUAGAACAUCUUCAACAUCUUUGUACAGACGUUGAAGGAUCCUAGCCUCCAAAGGAAAUAUAGAUUCGGCUCUGUCCCUUCUUGUAGAGGGCCUCAGCGUGUUUUGACCCAUUCAGCUUGUUGUCCAUGUGUACUCCGAGGUAUUUAUAAUCCUCUACCAUGUCCACAUCCACCCCCUUGAUGGAAAGAGGGGUCGCCAGAGUACUCCUCCUCCUUCCCAGGUCCACAACCAGCUCCUUGGUCUCCGUAACAUUGAGCUGGAGGUGGUUCUUUCCACACCAUGUGACAAAGUCCUCCACCAGUGUCCUGUAUUCCUCGUCAUCACCUUCCUCAAUACACCCCACUAUCGCAGAGUCAUCAGAAAACUUCUGAAGGUGGCAGGACUCUGACUGAUAGUGGAAAUGGGUGGUGUAAAUGGUGUAGAGGAAGGGGGAAGAGUACUGUAGCCUCCGGGGCCCCGGUGUUGCUGACCAGCCUGUCAGACACACAGUCCUGCAGUCGCAUAUACUGUGGUCUGUCAGUCAGGUAAUCUACAACCCAGGACACCAAGGGGGCCUCCACCUGCAUCUUCUCCAACUUCACACCCAGUAGCCCAGGCCGUUUAGUAUAAGCCGCCUCCAAAGGUGUUUCAGAGAAUUUGGCAAUACAUCCAACUGGCCUCACAGCCGCAGACCAUAUUGAUUGGCUGAGACCUGCCACCCGGACAGCUGCUACAACAAUUGGUUUGCUUAACCAUAGCAUUUCUGCACAAACUGUAAGAAACUACCAUGAAUUGAUUAACGUGGACCCCGACUUAAACAAGUUGAAAAACAUAUUGGGGUGUUACCAAUUAGUGGUCAAUUGUACGGAAUAUGUACUGAACUGUGCAAUCUACUAAUAAAAGUAUCAAUCAAUCAAUCUGUCUCAAGAAAGCUCAUCUGCAUGCUCGUGGUCCUCAUCGGGGUCUCGACCUAACUGCAGUUUGUCUUCUUAACCAACUUGAGUGGGCAAAUGCUCACACUCAAUGGCGUCUGGCACAAUACAGAGGUUUUGGUAUGUUAUUAUUGACAGCGAAACCACGUGCAUUUUAUUGAUGGCAUUUUCCAUGCGCAGAGAUACCGUCACGAGACCCUGAGCCCCAUUGUUGUACUAAUCACCCGAGGCCAUCACCUUUAUAAAUAACAUUUACUAACUCAUGUUGCAAGGAUCUGGAAGCUAAAAACAUCCCAGUUCUUGCAUGACCAGCAUACUCACCGGACAUGUCACCCAGUAAGUAAUUUUUGAGAGGAAUAUAUAUUUUCUGUAUAGUAAAAGUUUCAGAUCUUUAAGUUCAAUUCAUGAUAAAUGGGAGCAAAAACAAAAGUGUUGCGUUUAUAUAUUUGUUCAAUACCAUAUUUUUCGGAGUAUAAGUCGCACCUGCCGAAAAUGCAUAAUAAAGAAGGAAAAAAAACAUACAA